AACCAUCUCUUAGUAUUACACAAAACCGUACAUAAAUAAUCAAAUCAUUAACACACAUUUAUCACAAACUCACUUUUUCACCACAGGAAAUCAACAUCAACACCGUCCUAUCGAAAACCUCAACCGGGAGGGGUUUGAUUGAACUUCUUCUGGAAGGCAACAAUCCGACCGACAAGAUGAUCUCGCAGAUUACCCAUAUCUUGUGUGAUUGCUUGCUGGCCGUAUAUGGAGAGUAAGUUUCGUGAAACAAAAAAAAAACAAAACUUUAAUAGCCAUCCACCGCUCGUUUUAUACGAUUUGAAUAGUAAACGUAUGAAACAAAUGGUGAAUGGAGCAUGAGCGGUGAAUUACGACCUCAUGGAUCAACCAAAUCACGAAAGAUAUUUUACUUACCUGUGUUUAUGAAACCUACUAUCUUUUUUUAGAAGACCUUCGACGUUCCACAAAGAUAUUAUUGCUCGAUCUCUGGUGAAGACGUACCCAAUCCUGGCUUCUUCAGCAUCUGAAGUUCCACACGCCUUGUGGUUCCACUGGAAUGGUCGCGGAGAAGGACGUCAUGCCGGAAAAAUUCACUACCGAAUGGAAUACUUCGCUAAAAAGUCUACGAAAAGGGUAUUCCACCGUCAUCGCAACCAGCCGGAAUCUGCAGACGAAGUAGCAUUACCAGGGGAACUAGAUGUAGCGGAAGUGAUUGAAGAUCUGGAAAGCUUGAUUGCGGAGUUGAAGUUCAUUGUACCUACGGAUCAAGCCAAAACCCAUAUCCUUGAUCUUUGGAAGAAAACUAUUAAAAUUCGAAACGAACACAGGAUUGAAGAAACGUUUUUGACGUUCAUGAACGAUUUUCCGGUUGCAUCAGCAUUCAGUGGCAUGCUUCUUGCUUACGAUUACACCACAAUUUACCCUAAGGCAUUCGAGUUCAAGGAUUCGUGGAAAGACAUACAACCAAAAAUUUUGGAUCGUUACCGUGACAUGUUCCGUUUCAUCAAAAGCGAUGUAGUCAGGGCUCUGGCUGUCGUGCGGCAGAAAAACCCAACACGUGGAUCAAAACGAUCCAGAGAGGAAGAUCAGAAUCUGCGAAAGAUGAAUCCGCUCCAUGGCGUAAUCCAGUGGAUUAAUGUAAGAUAACAAUAUAUGCGAUCUUUCGAUGAAAUUUACCUUUUAAAUUUACUUUCAGCACGAAAAGGCCAUACCCACGCCGUCUAUUCCUCAAAUGAUCAUUCGUGGAGAAGAGUUCGAAGACGGGGAAUGUUUUAUUGUUUGGAAUAAUGUGACCGUUAAGACAGAAUCAAAUGUCCUUGAAGCGUUCAUUAUCUUAUGUAAGGUGUUUGCUGUUUUCAACGUAGCUUGCUCCCCUUCGGACAAGCUCUUUUAUUCAUUUUUCGGCGCAGUCUGUCAUAAGGUGGAGAA